AUGAGUCCAUCUCCAUUGCCGAAUCCAGCAGCCCCAUCUGCUUCUGCUUCUGCUUCUGCCCCGUCCGAGUCGAGGUCGAGGUCGAGCCCGAGGCAACCCCGCAACCAGCGUCGCCGUCGUCGAGCCGGGAUCCUGUCGAGGACGAGAUCACGGACAAGCGGCCGCUUCCCCUUCCCAUCAUCAUCAUCCCAGUUCCAGCCCCAGCGACGAGACCGCCUUUUGUACGGCUCCGCCUUUGCGUCUGCCAGACACGUCAGGCUGCCAUCCUGGGCUCGCUGCCUGAGUCACACUUCCAGGGCCAGAGCGGGAGCGCCAAACUACCGCCGUCCCAUGUGGCGGGUGACUGGGGAACUAGCGGCGGCUGGCGUGCAAUCCGGCAGCUUGAGCCCUGCUCCGGGAUCUGCUCCGGGCCUGUCGCCUGGUGACGUGCUUCGGCGGCCCUGCCCAGACGCGGAUGCAGACGCAGACGCAGACGCACAAGCACAAGCACAAUGGGCCGCCGUGUCCAGAUCCUCAAGCUCUUCUGGGGCCUCGCUGGCACCCCUGAACAUCGAGGUGACUAGCCCGAGCGUCGAGAGGUGGGCGGGCACUAACACGGAGGCUGCUGAUGCUGCUGCUGAUGCUGGGGAUGGCGUUGCCAUGGACGAGGCUCCCGGGCCCGGAUUCGAUAUCAGGGAGCCUCCGUCCGCUCCAGAUGGCGUGUCCUCAGGCUCCCAGGCAGCACCACUGGGUGAAGAUGGCGAGCAGACAGGAAUAAUGGCGUCUAGAGCGUAUCAGAUUGAGAUGCUCGAGCAGAGCCUCGAGCGAAAUGUGAUUGUGGCUAUGGAUACAGGAAGUGGCAAAACUCAGGUGGCUAUUCUUCGUAUCAAAAAAGAACUAGAAACUUGCGAUCCGAAACAGAUCAUAUGGUUUAUCGCGCCAACAAUCUCGCUGUGUUCUCAGCAACAUGACGUACUCAAGCUACACAUCCCUACCGUGUCUAUGAUGAUGCUGGCUGGGGCGUCCAAUAUCAAUGCUUGGGGCCCGGAUAUCUGGAGUACCCUCUUGGAUACAGCUCGAGUUGUCAUAUCAACGCCUCAGAUCUUGCUAGAUGCUCUUGACCAUGCGUAUAUUACCAUGAACCAUCUGGCGCUGAUUGUAUUUGACGAAGCCCACAACUGCGUUGGCAAAAAUCCUGGCGGCAAGGUCAUGACGAAUCACUACCAUCCACGCAAGCAGACUGGCCAAAGUGUUCCGUCCAUCUUGGGCUUGACAGCAACUCCAAGUAUUCAGUCCGAGAAAGAGGGCCUCGAGGCUCUGGAGAUACUGCUGGAUGCAAGAUGCAUCUCGCCCACUCUUCACCGUGACGAGCUUCUCAAAUGUGUCAAAAGACCGACCAUAUCGCACGUCAUCUACACUCCUCGCCCAGAUCGCCCGGAAGAUAUGACUCCCACUAUGCGCACCCUGAAUCAAGUAUAUAAAGAUCUAGACAUAACAGAAGACCCCUACAUACAUCAGCUACGACGUGACCCCACGGAUAAGAACAUGCGUAAGCUGGCCGAGGUCAUUGAAAAGUACGACACCUACACGCAGAAUCAGAUGAAGUCAUUCUGCUCUCGGUCGAAAGAGAUAUGCAAACAGCUUGGCCCCUGGGCUGCUGAUCUUUACAUCUGGAAGGCCAUAUCGGCUCACCUUGACAAAGUCGAAGGAGACCGUGACCUCGCCAGCCAGUGGUGGAUGGACGCGGAAAAGAAGUACUUGGCCCAAGUCUAUCACCGAGUCAAAGUCCAACGUCCUCCCAAGACGCCGCAGACAUUUGAUGACAUUUCCGACAAAGUAGGCCGGCUCUUGUCCGAGCUUCUAUCCACACAAGAACACAACGUGGGCAUCAUAUUUGUCGAGGAGCGCGUCAUGGUGACGAUGCUCUACGAGAUCCUGAAUAUAAACCAGGCCAUCAGGGCCAAAUACAGAAUCGGGACCAUGGUUGGAACCUCGGCCUAUGCUACACGACGCAAGGCCGUAUAUGAAUUUGGCGAUAAGUCCGAUUAUAAGGAUCUGCUGAGCUUUCGCCAGGGCAAGAUUAACCUCCUCAUUGCAACGUCAGUUUUGGAAGAGGGCAUUGAUGUGCCUGCUUGCAACCUUGUCAUCUGCUUUGAUACCCCGACGACUUCAAAGUCGUUUAUUCAAAGGCGUGGUCGAGCUCGGAAGAAGGAUUCAAGACUCGUCAUUUUCUUUGAACAGGCUAAUCCUGCUCUUCGGAAAUGGGAAGAAAAAGAAGAGGAGAUAAAGAAACUGUUUGACGACGAGCAAAGGGAGUUCCGCGAGCUCAGUCAGUUGGAAGAGGCUUCGGAGAACCCGGCCGACAUCUUCUUCAUCGUACCGUCCACUAAAGCGAGACUCGACUUUGACAAUGCCAAAGCUCAUCUUGAGCAUUUCUGCAGAGUCUUGUCUCCAGGUGAAUUUGUCGACAGCCGGCCAGAUUACAUCAUCCAUCAAGAGCCUGAUUCCAAGGACCUCCGUUGCACCGUACUGCUUCCACCGUACUUGCCGACGAGUCUGAGGAAGCAUAGCAGUGCGUCUGCGUGGCAAUCCGAAAAGAAUGCUACAAAGGAUGCGGCUUACCUGGCCUAUCGCGCUCUAUUUGAUGCUGAGUUAGUGAAUGACAAUUUGCAGCCCUUCAAGGCUAGCGAUAUGGGCAGCAUCGAUGCUCGAGCGUCUGAAGUGCUUGUUGAGCCGAUUAUGAAGCCAUGGCACCACGUUGCCAAGGAGUGGCGCAACGAAUUGCGUGACAAGUGGCUCUACUCUCUGACUUGCGUUGAUGAAGAUGGACAAGUGGCGAGCGAGUAUGAAGUUUUGCUGCCCGUCCGGAUUAACCAGCCACAGCCUCUGCAAAUGUAUCUUGAUCGAAGUCACAAGAUGGAGCUGCGGCUUUCUGCUGGAACUCCCGUCCCACAUGAUAGGAUUACGGAUCUUCCAGAUCAGACGUCCACUCUGUUGGCGCUCCAUUUUGGACAUCGGUGGCCAAUUGAGCCAGUUGAGCACGUUAUCCGGGUUUGGGCAAAGGGAGAAUCCUUGUCGAUGCAUCAAAUCGGCGAGAUGACAUACGAUCCGGAAAAGGAGGGCGUAAAAGAGGGCCAGUACCUCAUCCGAGAUAAUACAAAGUCUCCUUACACAUACAAGGAUACGGUUGGAUUCAAGCCCGCCAUAACCCAAGUGCAGCAUGCAUUCUACGAAUACGAAAAGGCGCCAGAAGACGUCCCCUAUCUCGUGCUCAACAAGUGGACGCGGAGAACUGAUUUCUUGCACCGCCUUCACGGAGACCCUACCAAGGAGCAGGCGAGUAGCAGGCCGUAUUCACGAGUGUAUCCAUCGCAAUGGGCGACGGUCGACACGAUCCCGGCGAAGCAUGCGCAGUUUGGCAUGAUGAUUCCUACCAUCAUCCACGAGCUCGGCAUCAUGAUCAUGGCCAAGGAGCUGGCCAAAACUGUUCUCUGGGAUGUUAAGAUCAAGAAUCUGGAGCUGGUCAGGGAGGCUCUAAGCGCGCGAAGUGCUGCUGAACCGGUGAAUUACGAGAGAGUGGAGUUUUUGGGCGAUUCUAUACUCAAGUUCUUCACCUGCAUUCGUGUCGCUGCUCAAUAUCCCGAUUACCCCGAGGGCUACCUCUCGCACAAGCGGGACAGGCUCAUUUCCAACUCUAGACUUUACAAGACGGCCAUUAAUUAUAGACUGCCUAGAUUCCUCAUUACCAAGCCCUUUACGGGCCAAAAAUGGCGUCCACUAUACUUGGACGCAAUUCUUCAGGAAGAAGAGACCGAGGCUAUAGCGAAUAGAAAAGUAUCGACAAAGACACUCGCAGACAUGGUUGAGGCACUCAUAGGAGUCUCAUAUAUAGACGGAAGCCUCGAUGGCGGCCUCAAAGGAGGCCUUCACAAAGCGGUUAAAUGCCUCUCCACGUUUCUCCCUGAAACCAAUUGGACAAGUGUGGAAGAAGAUAGGCACAUUAUGUUCGACAGAGUGCCAGAGGGCGAACCACUUCCGCCAACUUUGGAGCCAGUGGAGAGGCUGAUUGGAUACUCGUUUAAGAAAAAAGCCCUUUUGAUCGAGGCUUUGACGCAUGCUUCAUUUGCGGCAGAAAUGGGCAAGCGAUCUUUCGAAAGACUCGAAUUCAUUGGAGAUGCCAUUUUAGACAACAUCGUUGUAACGAAGCUGUUUGAUGUCAAGCCGGAAUUACCCCAUUUCAGGAUGCAUACACUCAAGACGGGGUUGGUGAAUGGCGACUUCCUGGCCUUUAUGACCAUGGAGCACGGCUUGACAUCGACAGAACCUGCUGUGGGAGAAGACGGCAAUGUGAAAACCGUAGAGACAACUUCUUAUUUGUGGAGUUAUAUGCGACAAAACUCGGAGCCUAUUGUGGUUGAGCGCAAGGAAACGAUGAAGCGACAUGCGGCCUUGAGAGAGGAGAUUCUCGACGCCAUGGAGAAUGGCACGCAUUACCCCUGGGCACUUCUAGCUGCGCUGAACCCAAAGAAGUUUUUCUCGGAUGUGUUUGAGGCAAUUCUCGGCGCCGUGUGGGUUGACUCUGGGUCGAUGGAUGAGUGCAACGCCAUUGCUGAUCGGUUCGGGCUUUUGAAAUACUUGGACCGGUUGCUUCGAGAUGAAGUCCAUGUGCAGCAUCCUAAGGAGGAGCUGGGCAAGUGGGCGAAUACGGAGACGGUCACGUAUGAGCUGGAUAUGAGGGAGAACGACCAGAAUGCGGCCGAGAAGGAGUUCUUUUGCAAGGUCCUUGUUGGGAAGAGGGAGGUUGUGGCGGUGAGGGGAGGGAUCAAUAAGGAGGAGGUGAAGACGAAGGCUGCGACGGAGGCGAUGAAGAUUUUGGAGCGGGAGAAGAGGAAUGGGGAGGGGGAUGUUGAGAUGGGUGAGUGA